UAUCUCUUUCCGUAUCCUCUUCUUCUUCCUAUUCUUUAUAAUAACAGCCAUACAAACACCCUUUUUUAUUCUCUAGUUUCUCUCUCCAAAUGACUGUCUCUCUCUCUAGAAUUUGCAGCUGUAGAUCUCUUAUCAGAUCCUUCAAAUCUCUCUAAUUUCAGAUUUGGUUUUUUGAAUUGGGUGACUGAUAGAUUUUGUUAGGGUUGGGUGCUGAUUUUGAAUGUUUAGUUUCAUUAAACAUUUGGGGUUAAGAAAUUUUGUUGUGGGUUUGAUUUUGUUCUGGUUUUUGUGAUGUCGCUGUUGCCGAAAGGUGAUUCCAUUCACAUUCGUGAGGUGUGGAAUGACAAUCUCGAAGAAGAAUUCGCGCUUAUCCGUGAAAUUGUUGAUGAUUUCCCUUAUAUUGCCAUGGACACUGAGUUUCCGGGCAUUGUGCUGCGUCCGGUGGGUAAUUUUAAGAACAGUAAUGACUAUCAUUACCAAACUUUGAAGGAUAAUGUGGAUGUGUUGAAGUUGAUUCAACUGGGUCUUACCUUUUCAGAUGAUCAAGGGAAUUUACCAACUUGUGGCACUGAUAAGUAUUGCAUUUGGCAGUUUAAUUUCCGCGAGUUCAAUGUGAACAAGGAUGUUUUUGCAAAUGACUCGAUUGAGCUUUUGCGUCAGAGUGGGAUUGACUUAAAUAAGAACAAUGAAAAUGGUAUUGAUGCUGUGAGAUUUGGUGAGCUCCUGAUGUCGUCUGGGAUUGUGUUGAAUGAUAGCGUGUACUGGGUGACUUUUCAUAGUGGUUAUGAUUUUGGGUACUUGCUUAAGCUGUUGACAUGCCAGAAUUUACCAGAUACACAAGCCGGGUUCUUUAAUUUGAUCAACAUGUACUUUCCAACUCUUUAUGAUAUCAAGCAUUUGAUGAAGUUUUGCAAUAGCCUUCAUGGAGGGUUGAACAAGCUUGCAGAGUUGUUAGAAGUGGAGAGAAUUGGGAUAUGCCAUCAAGCAGGUUCGGAUAGUUUGCUUACAGCUUGUACAUUCAGGAAAUUGAAAGAAAAUUUCUUUAGCUGCUCAUUGGAAAAAUAUGCCGGUGUGUUGUAUGGUUUAGGUGUCGAGAAUGGACAAAUUACUCAUUGAUUAUGAAAAAUAGAAAAUUCCCCCGCCCCCCCCCCCCCCAAAAAAAAAAGAAAAAAAAAAAGAAGAAAGAAAAAAGCUUAGAAAGACGCUUUUUUCAACUCUAUGUGGUGUCUGACACCAGAAUUUUAUGUACACUCUUGUUCAACAAGUUAUUGAUAUAUGAACAUGCUUUCUGUCUA